UUUAAACAUGUUUUAUGUAUGUAUAUAUGUAUUUGGUUCCUAUAUUUUGUAUUAUAAAUAUUGUAUAAUGAUGGGCACAAUAGUGAGGGAUUAUUACAUGCAUUUAUAUCCUACAACAACUCUUAGCUUUGUUUCCGGUAGCAACUUUAAUUUGUAGUAAACCACAUACCCAAAACCAAAAAAAUGCAAAAACUUCUCCUACCAUUAUUUUUCCUUCUAAUCUUCCUCUCUUUCUCUACCCAAACACAAACCUCAUUUGAUCUCCUCCACCACCACUACUCCCAAUCAACCAAAUCACACUUUGUGCUCGUCCAUGGUGCCUGCCUCGGCGCCUGGUCUUGGUACAAGGUCACAACCUUCUUGCAAACCGCUGGUCACAAUGUCACCGCUCUCGACAUGGCUGCUGCCGGGAUCGACCCAACCCAGCCCCAGUCAUUGAAAACAAUUACUGACUACUUCCAGCCAUUGCUCAACUUCAUGGAAGCCCUACAAGCCGACGAGAAGAUCGUUCUUGUCGGACACAGCCUAGGCGGCCUCGGAAUCUCGAUGGCCAUGGAGAGAUUCCCUGAGAAAAUCUCUGUUGCCAUUUUUGUGACUGCAGCCAUGCCUGGCCCAAUCCCGUGGCUUUUUUCCAUGGAGGAACAGAGGAAAGUUCUUGGAAUGUACGGUGGUUUUUACACAGAGGAGGAUUUCAAAUCCAAGGGUUCAGAUAAUUCAAAUCUUUUCAUGUUUUCAGAAGAAGAAUUAGAAACCAAGCUUUUCCCACUAUCUCCACCUGAGGAUUUGACAUUGGCAAAAACAUUGGUGAGGCCUCAAGCAAUGUUUGGUCUGUUCGAGUCGGUGAAGGAGCUAAAACUAAGUAAAGAGAACUAUGGGUCUGUGAAGAGGGCUUUCAUUAUAUCAGAAAAGGACAAAAUGGCAACGAAGAUCAUGGUUUGGGCUAUGAUCAUUUCAAAUAGGCCUCAUCAUGUGGGGGAGGUUCAUGGAUCAGAUCAUAUGGUCAUGACUUCAAAGCCUCUUGAACUUGCUCGACAACUCUCCACCAUUGCUCAAGACUUUGCUGCUGCUGCUUCUUCUUCUUCUUCUUCUUCUUCUUCUUCUUCGACUUCAUCUUCCACUUAUGUCCAUGAUGAUCUGUAAAACAUUUGUAACUGUAGGUCUAUGAGAUUUCUCCUUUUAUCUCAACUGAUGUUAUCAAAUAAAGUAAAAUGGCAUCAUUUUACAUCA